AUGGCGACAGCUUCCGUCGGCGCCACGACAUCGCGAGCGCUCGAACCCCAGAGCGACCCCUCCCCCAAGUUCUUAUCCGAGGCAUCCUCCUCCUCGUCGUCGUCCUCGUCGCGGGCCGCAGAGGCAGAGGCGAGGCAGGUGUGGUGCCACGACGGCGCCGAUGCGGACGUGCUCGACCUGGACUCCCCGUGGGUCGCGGCGGCCGAGGCGGAGUCGAGGCUCGAGGAAGCCGCCAUGGACGCGGCUGCGGCGGGACUGCGCCUUCAUGCUGUGGGCGAGGCUGACGAGAUACGAAACAACCAGGAGCGACAGGACGACGAGCUGAUGGCACUGGAAGCAAUAUACGGGGAUGACCUCGUUGAACUAGAAAACAAAGGAGGGCUCCGAUAUUUCCAGAUUUUCAUACGCUACGAUCUUCAUGAUGAUGCUGAAGUGUGUGCCAAGCUUUCUUCAGCUAACAAGAAAACAAAAUGUGGAGCGUGUCCUGAUGAUGAUGCAACAAAAGAACAUAAUGUUGGAUCAGAUGACUUCUCUUACACCUGCAACUUUGAGUACCUUCCUCCUUUGAUACUGACAUGCCUAUUUCCAAAGUCAUAUCCUAGCAAAGAGCCACCAUAUUUUACAGUCACCUCUAAAUGGAUGGAUGAGCCUAAUGUUUCCCAACUUUGUGAGAUGCUUGACACCAUCUGGGCAGAGCUGACAGGACAGGAAGUGGUAUAUCAAUGGGUUGAGUGGAUACACAACUCUUCUUUGUUACAUCUCUGGUUUGAUGGCAAGAUAAUGUUAGGUCAAGACACUCCAACAUAUAGAAGAGACAGACGUGCAAUCUCGAGAAGUCUCCCGUUGGAGUCUACGAUCCCUUCCAUGCUCACUUACAGUAGUAAGAAACACUAUCAAGCUUUUCUUGAUGAUCUCCAUACGUGCAUGAUAUGCCUUAACCAGACCAAAGGUUCCAACUUCAUCAAGCUUCCAUGUCACCACUUGUUUUGCAUGAAGUGCAUGGAGACGUUAUGCAGCAUGCAUGUGAAGGAAGGCACUUUAUUUCAGUUAGUAUGCCCCGACGCCAAGUGCAAUACUUCCAUUCCACACUACUUGUUAAAGAGGCUUCUUAACGAAGAAGAAUUUGAACGUUGGGAUAGACUUGCUCUUGAGAAAGCAUUAGACUCGAUGGCGGACGUGGUUUACUGCCCAAAGUGUGUGAUUGCUUGUGUGGAAGAUGAGGAUAACACUGCACAAUGCCCGCAAUGUUCGUUUACCUUUUGCGGCUUUUGCAAGGAAUUAUGGCAUCCAGGAAAGCAGUGUCUAACUCCAGAACAGAAACUCCAGCGCCGGAAGGCGUCAGGCAGGAUGACUGAGAAGGAGGUGGCACAGGAACUGCUGAACAUCAAAGAGUUGUACAAGGAUGUUCGGUUAUGUCCAAAUUGCAGAAUUGCCAUCGCCAAGAGUGAAGGCUGCAACAAAAUGGUGUGUAGUAACUGUGGCCAGUUUUUUUGCUUCCGUUGCGGCAAGGCAAUCGCUGGCUACGAUCAUUUCAGGAACUGUCGACUAUUUGAGGCUAGAGAUACGGCGGAGUGGGAGAGGGAGAUGGACCAACUGCAAUUUGGAAACCAGAUGCGGAAUAUGUUAAAGCCAUUAGGUGCCGUCGUGAGAUGUCCAAGGUGCCGCGAAAAGACCUUCAAGGAUGAUGAGAAAUUUGUCUUCUGCUGGGCGUGCCGAGCAAGCAUUUGCACACUAUGCAAACAGACAGUUGAGGAUAAGAGGCUGAAGCGAGGGCACUGGGGGUCGCCGGAUUGUGUGAGGCUUGCUGAAUCAUAG